CUGGCACUCUAAGAUUCGAUCAGGAAACACACGUCUUUGACUUUGAUCUCGCCUGUUUCCCAGGUGUACAAAUGCAUAGCUACGGUCACAAGAUCCGUGCUGAAGAAGGCGCGGAUCAUUCGACGUGAUCAGGUGCUGGCUGUGCGUGCGUGAACGGUAGCAGAUAACCAACGCUCGCCACCAGUGCGAUGUCUCUCAGGCGCCUCGCUCUAGCUGCCUUCACCCUCUCUGCAGGCGUGUCCGUUCGCGCAGGAACGGUUCAGAAGGCCGGUCUUACCGUGCCAAGUAACUACACCAGCCAGCUUGACACGCUCAAGAGCAUCUUCAAUGUAACAUACUCGGCAUACCAGCAGUACGCGUGCCCCCAUGAUGAGCUUCAACCAGACAGCAAGGUCGGCAUUGACGAUAUUAUGGGGUGGGGUGCGACUAUCGUUGAUGCUUUAGACACUAUGUGGAUCAUGGGUUUCACGGACCUGUUUGAACAAGGUGUCAACCAAGUAUCCGAGACCAACUUCAACGUCACCACAGACGAUGGAAACUUGGCUAGCGUCUUUGACGCAACUAUCCGCUACAUAGGCGGCCUUCUGAGUGCUUACGAGCUCAGUGAUCAGAAGUACCCUGUUCUGCUCGAGAAGGCCAAGAACAUUGCCGAUAACAUGGCGUACGCAUGGGUUGAUGGAAACGCCAUACCUUACAACGGGAUAUUCCUCUCAAAUUACUCGAUACAAGACGGUUUCACCAACGUUGCACAAGCCGGUACCCUCCUUCUAGAAUGGGGAACUCUUACGAAGUACACCAAGAACGAUACCUAUCAAAAGCUGGCUGAGGAAGCCACUCUCAAACUUGCAUCUUUGCCUGCUCCAAUCCCCGGCAUCCCAGGACAGCUUCUCUAUCCUAACGGCAGCAACAUUGACGACCUUGUGACCUGGGGUUCCGGAACAGACAGUUACCUUGAGUACUUGCCGAAGUGGGCUCGCCUUUCGAACACUAACGAUACCACCUACGCUGACACCUGGCUUAUGGCUGUCGAUUCUUCCAUUGAGGCUCUGCUCAAGCGUUCAACUGUGGACAACUGGCUCUACCUCGCAGACUACGCAAACAAAACGAUACAGCAUGUCAGCUCGCAUCUGGCGUGUUUCCACGGCGGCAAUUGGAUUCUCGGCGGGAAGCUGCUCAACAAUGACACCAUUGUAAAUUACGGCUUGGAGCUCGUCGACGCGUGCUUCAACACGUAUCGCAGCACCACCACCGGCAUUGGCCCCGAGAGCUUUGCUUACAUCUCUUCUGAUGGCAACUACACCGGCUCCAGUGACCCCAUAACGUCCAAUCAGACAGACUUCUAUAAUGAGAAUGGGUUUUACAUCACGAACGCAGCGUACUACCAGCGCCCUGAAGUGCUCGAGUCCAACUUCUACGCAUGGCGUGCGACGGGCGACACCAAGUACCUCGACAACGCCGUCUGGGCAAUCGAGGCUUUCCAGAAAUACCUCCCCGCAUCGAGCCUGGGCGGAGUUGGCUGGGCGUGCAUCACAGACGUUAUGUCUACCGACUCGCCGCAGUGGAACGAUCAGGCUGCCUACUUCUUUGCUGAGGUGAUGAAGUACUUGUACCUGACGUUCGAUGACCCAAACAAUAUCUCGCUCGACGAAUAUGUGUUCAACACCGAGUGUCACCCAUUUAAGGCACCACCUGCCAAGUCGCAGUAUGGGUCGGGAAAGGUGAUAAACAUGACUAACUAG